CCCCGCAUCCUUCGUAAAACAGCUGAUUAUGCUCUCCGAUUCCUUGUCAAUCCAGAGAGUCCCCUCAACUCAACGCCUCCUAAAAACACAUGCUUCACUUCACAGCCUUGGCAACGACAAUUCCAUCCAAGCCCCAAUUCAUCAGAGCUUUAUCGGGGUAAAAUUCUUUUUUUUUUUUUUUUGUUCUUAAACCCUAAACCCAAGAAUGCUCGCGUCUUCCAAGUGGCUCAAACAACUUUCCCGAUGCAAACCCAAGUCGUGCAUUUCUUAUACCGAAUCACCCGUUUGUUCGAAUUGCCAGAUUCGUCGCCUCAUCUUCAGAGAACGAGCAAAUGGCAGUAGAAAAUUGUGGUUUGGUAAGCACGUUGAUGGGUACCUCCUAAAAUAUUCUCAUGAAUUGCAAAGGAGAAGACACUACCAGCACUCUAAUUUUAUCACAUCCACCCUAGUUGUCUCCUGGGUUGGGCCAUACUUUUUGAAUACCGCCAUUGGCAAUUAUCAGUCGGUGGCAACGCAAGCUUCUCCUACAGAAGAGGAACUGACUGAUGAAUUCUUGAAACGAAUCCUCUCUGAUAUAGAGAAUGAUCUGACCACUACCAGGGAAAUUUGUAGUGCUUACAUUGAGAAGCUGUGUAGAGCCAGAAAACUUUCAGCUGCUGCUAGCCUUUUGCAGUCCUUGCGUGGUAAACACAUCUUCCUGACAACUAAUUCGUACAAUCUUCUUUUAGCAACAGCAGGUGAAGGAAAUGACAUUGGUCUCGUAUGUCAAAUUUUCAAGGAUCUAUUGUUGUCUUGGGAACCCAUAAGUUCAACUUCUUAUCUUACUACUGCCAAGGCUUUUAUGAACACAAAUGAUGCUGCGUUGUUGCUCGGAUUCAUCAAAGAAGUGUCAGAAUUAACAUUUCCUAGAAGUGUAAUAAUCGUCAACAGAAUCAUUUUCGCCUUCGCUGAAUGCGGGCAGACUGAUAAGGCUCUGCUGAUAUUUGACCACAUGAAGAGUUUAAAAUGCAAACCAGAUUUGGUAACGUAUAAUACUGUUUUAGAGAUAUUGGGUAGGGUUGGUCGUGCAAAUGAAAUGCUUCAUGAAUUUGCCUCUAUGAAAGAGGCAAACAUUGCCCCAGAUGUCAUUUCGUAUAAUACCUUGAUAAACAGCUUGCGUAAGUUGGGAAGAUUUGAUGCAUGCUUGGUGGUUUUGAAAGAGAUGGAAGAGAGAGGAUUUGAACCGGAUUUGCUUACCUACAAAGCAUUGAUUGAGAGCUUUGGGCGAUCAGGGAAUGUUGAGGUAUCAUUGCGACUCUUUGAUGAGAUGAAGGGCCGGGGUAUUCGGCCGUCAAUCUACAUUUACAGAUCACUGAUCAAUAAUUUAAAAAAGAUGGGGAAGUUGGAGUCAGCAACGACUCUUUUGGAAGAGAUGACUGCAUCUCUAAGUGAUCUUGUUGAUCCAAAAGAUUUCAAACGAAAAAACAAAUAGUUUGGCACUCUAUACUUGAGGAUUCGAGUUCUCAUUGAUUGCAAAAACUCAGGUGCAUCAGAUAAGAAGAUGGCUAAUCAUUUUAUUUUGCUGGUGAUGAGUACAUCUGUAACAGACUAGCUGAUGCCCAAUGAUUUCAGACAAAAAACAGCGUUUAGCACUCAAUUCCAAGUGUUGCGUCAGGUAUCUGAGCAGGAUUGCUGUUUAAAAAUUCAUGUACUGCAUUCAACAUAGGUUGCAGUUAUUAGAGUUGGUUGUUUUCUGUUUGGAAAUCAGCUGCUAUUGAGAAGACUUACUGGUGGUCGUUAACGUCCUCUUAUUUGACUGGAAGCCCCACAAGAUGCAUAAGCAGUAAUCCUUUUGAAUUCUUAUAGUUUGCCCCUCUACUGCAGCUGGUGCUGAUACGAAUUUUAACAAGGGAAGAACCAUUCAAUUGAUAACCGCAGAUACCACUGGAUUGCGUUCUUCCUCAGAUGUUGCUCUAGUGCUUGCCAUAGCUUUGUGAUAUUCUUAUCGAAUUGCUAUGAUUAUUGGAAUGAGCCACACAAGAGUGUGUUGGUGAGAGUCAAGAGACCUGCAAGUGUAUUUUGAUCGACAGUUUGGAGAGGUAACUAGUACCAAACCCUUCUAGCACUUUGGUGUCCUCGUUGCUUAUAUGACAAUGAACAUGUUAGCUUCCUUCUUUAGUAUGUUUUUGAUGGUCUGGAAGGCCUUUCGUUUACCUCUUGAUAUGACAACUACAGGAAAUAUAAGAAAUCAAACAAAGUAUAUGGUAGGUCGAGAGAUGGAUGGAUACACAUCACGGUCUGGCCUAGCCCGUGUGACCAAAAUGUUUUAACAAGCCUUCUUAAUAAAGAAAGAAUGCCGUGUUGACAGUCUAUAGGCGAAUUAAGCAAGGGAAGAUUUCUGACAAAGCAAUCGAUCCAAUUGCGGUUGAUGGAAAGAGUAUGGGACAUGACGAAUAUUAACAGGGAACACAAGAGAUAUUUAUAAAUCCUCAGACAAAACCAAAAGGAUGUACCGGAAGCCGCUUUCGACCAUUCAUUAUUAAAGUUGCAGACGGCUGGGAGACUAUUCAAAAGUUGAAGGUGCUCAAGGGCAAGCUAGUGAAGUUGGUUAUCCAGGAAGGCAGGAACGAUGUUUUGGUGGUUCAAUGCUACAUAAUAAAACAUAUUUUCACCAUGUUCAUGACGAGGUUUCGUAUGUGACUAACUGUUCGUCAUCUGAUGUAUGACACUUUUUUUUUACUACAAUAAAAGGAACAAUUGGAUAGAAGAAUCUGAAUAUCAGCACAAGUAUACCAAUUGAUAUGCUGCAGUUUGUAGAUGAUAUUACUAUGUUUUCAGAUUCAAAGCACAUUAAAAUCUUUAACAUCA